AUGCAGUCGGGAAUCUCGGUCUCCUCGGAGCUUCAGGAUGCAUUCAGUCGUUUCAGCUCCGAUAACUCGAUUUUCUGUCUUCCGGUAACCAUCACAGGAGAGCGCCUGACUCCGCUCGAUUCAAUUCCCUUUUCUGGCUCUUCCUCCGGCCCAGAUGCAUUCUUCGCCUCGCUAUCUCAGGUCUCUCCUAUCCUACAGCCCAAGACGCCGAUCUAUCUCCUGCUCCGCCGCCCACUCCCAACCAAGACCACCCUCGUCGCCUUGACCUAUAUUCCAUCCAAUGCCCCCGUACGCCCCAAAAUGCUGUUUGCCUCGACCCGCUCAACGUUGGUCCGGGAGCUUGGAACCGAGAAGUUCGACGACACGGUGUUCGCCACGGAAGAGGACGAGAUUGUAGGCCAGGAUGCUUGGCUCGAGCGCGAUGGCGAUAAGGCUGGUGUUGGCCGUGAAGCCCUCAUGGGCGACAAGGAGCGUGAGCUCGAAAAGGUUCGCAGGGCAGAGGCGGAGGCCCGCAGCGGCACGCCGCAGCGAGAUAUCGGCAUCGGAGGCACAUUCGGGCCUGGCACGGGAUCCGGCAUGAGAGUGUCUAUGCCGGUUGAUGACGCCGCGAAGGCGGCUUUGAAGGAACUGCAAGACGGAGGCCUCGUACAACUGGUAUGGAAACUCGCCCUCUUACUUUGCUGGCUACGAGUCUACAUGGAUUCGACGGGACAUGGAGGAAAAUGUUUCAUUUGCAGAGCUAAUGUUGGAAUUAUGAUGCAGACCGUUGAUAUCCCCACGGAGACGAUUACGCUUGCCGACACCCAGUCUGGUGUCCAAGCCGACUCCGUUGCCACCUACAUCUCUUCCUCGUCGCCCCGGUAUUCCUUCUAUCACUAUCCCGGCUCGGACGUGGUGGUGUUCGUGUACACUUGUCCCACUGGAUCGUCGAUUAAGGAGCGCAUGCUGCAUGCAAGCUCGCGGAGGAAUGCCCUCACGAUUGCUGAAGGGGAAGGACUCAAGAUCACGAAAAAGAUCGAGGCGUCGGGGCCAGACGAGAUCACUGGAGACCGGCUGAGGGAAGAGGUGCACCCGGCACAGGAUCAGGGUCCUGCGCGGGGAUUUGCUCGCCCUAGACGUCCAGGCCGGUAA